GCCGAAAAGGUCAGUAACUAUUUCGAUACGACACCGUUCCGGGACAGCGUAACAUCUUGUUCCGGAGUCGAAACCGUCGCCGCCGCCGUAUAGAGGAACUCCCUCCCUCCAAAUCAAAGAAACACAGGCCAGACGAAAACGGAGGCCAUUGAUUCAAAUGGAACUUCAACACAAGCUCAAAAUCGCUCUAGUUGUAGCGUCUUUCGCAGCGCUUACGAUCUUAUUUACUGCCGGACGGCGCCGGAAGCGAAGGAGCGUUCGUACUUCGUGUUAUUUACGAGAUGAUCAGAAGCCUCAGUACGCAUUUAAAUGUGUCUUGGCUGACAAUUCUUAUUCACAGUUCAAGCACUUGAAGCUCAAUCCGAAUAAAGAUCUUGAUGUAAACUCGCAUCCCUACGAGUCAGAAAUACUAUCAUUGCUAGAAAAUUCGAAGCCUGAAUUCGAUUUUAUUAGUGAAAGAACAGAUUUAACUUUGAGUGACACUUAUGUUUGGGUUGAAACCGAGUCCCAAUUGGAAGAACUCCUGGAUGUGUUGAAUAAAGAAACGGUGUUCGCUGUUGAUACCGAGCAGCACAGUCUAAGAUCCUUUCUGGGUUUCACUGCUUUAAUACAGAUUUCUACACCCAAGGAAGAUUAUUUGGUUGACACUAUAGCUCUACACGAUUCAAUGAGUCUUCUACGUCCUAUCUUUGCUAAUAGUCGUAUUUGCAAGGUGUUUCACGGUGCUGAUAAUGACAUUCUAUGGCUACAAAGGGACUUUCAUAUAUAUGUAGUCAAUUUAUUUGAUACUGCAAAGGCAUGUGAAGUGUUAUCAAAACCUCAGAAAUCAUUGGCCUAUUUACUUGAAACUUAUUGUGGUGUAGCUACGAACAAAAUGUUGCAGCGAGAAGAUUGGAGACAACGACCCUUACCUGCAGAUAUGGUGCAAUAUGCUAGGACAGAUGCCCACUAUCUCCUAUAUAUUGCAAACUGUUUACUCUCUGAGCUGAAACAGGUUAAUGAAAACACUUCCACCGAUGAUAAAUUCAAUUUUCUUCUCGAGGCUAGUCGGCGAUCAAACAUGACUUGUUUGCAACUCUAUUCAAAAGAGACUGAAGGUUCUCCUGGAGAGUCUGCUGCAUCAUCAAUAUCUUCCCGUCAUUUAAACAGUCAAGGUGGUAGUAUGUUAGUUUCCUGUAAAACUCAGUUUCAGGAUCAUGUGAGGAGAUUAUGUGCUUGGCGAGACUUAAUGGCCCGAGUUCAUGAUGAGAACCUGAGAUAUGUCUUGUCAGAUCAGGCCAUUGUAGCGCUUGCUAAUCAAGUGUCAAAAAAUACGGGGGAAUUAUAUGCAACUAUAGCACAAGCUGAUUUGAAUGUAGAUUUGAGUUCGAGUCUAUAUCUUCCAUCUCCCUCCCCUGUUGUUUGCAGCCAUUUGGAUGAUAUCCACUGUCUCCUCCAUGACAAGUCUGGCGACCUUGAUGAUAUCUUUUUGGGGAUUUUACAGAACUGCAUAGGUUCUAAUGGUAGCUGCCCCCUUUCUAUAUUUAAUUAUGCACUAUUGGUUAAGUAUAAUCUAAAAAUGAUGACAAUAUCUAAACAAAGUGAUAGAAAGAAUGCAAAGCAAAUAUCUAAAAAAGCUUCUAGAGAGCUUUUUGUGCAGAAGUUUUCCUGCAAGUCUCCAGUUUAUCAUAAUUGUAGGAUUUAUGCAAAUGAUGGACGCUUGCUUUGCUACUGUGAUCGGCGAAAACUCGAAUGGUACUUGCGCCGAGAGUUGGCAGAGCUUAUUGCUGAUGAUCCUCCUGCCAUAAAGCUUCUUUUUGAACCUAAAGGCCGUCCAGAAGAUGAGGGCAAUGACUUCUAUAUCCAGAGUAAAAAAAAUAUAUGUGUUGGCUGUGGUGAAGGAAACCACUAUUUACGCUAUCGAAUUAUCCCCUCAUGCUACAGAAUACACUUUCCUGAGCAUUUAAAAAGUCAUCGUUCUCAUGACAUUGUGCUACUCUGUGUGGACUGCCAUGAAGCUGCCCAUGCUGCUGCUGAGAAGCACAAGAGAGAGCUUGCUGCAGAAUUUGGAAUUCCUCUUUUUGUUCGUAGAGUGGUUGAUACUAAGGAAGCGUUUGAUAUGGCUGAGCCAUCAGACUCGGGAACCGAUGUUCAGGAGGAAGGUGUGUCACCUUUAGAAUUGAGAACAGCUGCUAUGGCCCUAUUGAGGCAUGGACCAAGAAUGCCAUCAAAGCGUCAAGAGGAACUCAUGCUUAUUGUCAUGAGAUACUAUGGGCGGAGGGAGAUAUCUGAAGAAGAUUUGGAAAAGGCUCUGCUCGUUGGCAUGAGUCCUCAUGAGAAAAGACGACUCCAGAAGAAAAAGGGUCUGGCUCUCAAACACUCUGCACAGAGUGUUUUUCCAGCUGCUGAGCAUCAGAAUGGUGGUUGUAACAUUGACACGUCCACUGUGGUCAAUUCAUCAGUUGAUGUUAAGAAUCACAUGAACGCAGAUAGUGGUAGCGUGUCUGAAACAUGUCUGCCUGGGGGAGAGGUCAGCUUUUCUGAUGAUGGCUAUGCUAAAACUGUUCAACCGAAAUUCAAUCCAAAAUUAUCACUCUUGGGACAUGGACCACAUGGUAAACUAGUUGUGGAUCAUCUACUGAGGGAAUAUGGCGAGGAUGGUAUCCGACAGUUUUGUCAAAGGUGGAGACAAGUGUUUGUUGCUGCUAUUCAGCCUCGUUUCUUACCCGCUGGUUGGGAUGUCAAUCAUAGUGGUAAAAGGGACUUCGGCGAAUUUAGUUUGUACAAUCCUAUAAAGAAAGCUUCCCUUGCUAAUGAGUAGAACAAUUUGAAGUACUGCAGCAGUGCCCAUGUUGCAAAUCGUUUGUAUUAUAAGAUUAAGAUGGCGGCCUUGUCGUUGUCCCCAUCUUGUUAAGGGAUAUAAUUUGCAAGGGAAAGAAAUUUCAGUAGAGCUUAGCUACCAUUUAAAUGGAAUUCAUGACUAAACUCACUUCAGGGACCAGCAAUUUAAUUCAACUUUGUGUGGGAGAAACAGGCUAACAAUCAUCAGAAACAUGCAUUCAGUGGAUGGCUGGAUAUCUCACACUGUCCUACACAUUAUUUGUCUCUCUCUCUUCUCCAUAGUUUGAUGGUCAGCUUCAAGCUAAUUAAACAAACACGUUAAAAUAUUACAGGUAAACAUUACAUUUAUUUUAUUUUUAUUUUAUUUUAUUUUUAUUCUCUUGGCUUAUAUCAUUAAGGGCAAAUUGUAAAGACCGUAGUUGCAAUAAUACCCUUAAACUUUUAAUUUCUAAAAUUGAAUCCUCAAACAUAUACAAAUGUAAAAAUUAGAUCUUCAAACUUACCUUGUAUAAAUUUGAGGGUUCAAUUUUUAUCAUUUGUAGGUUUAAUUUUUAUGAUUAUCAUAAGCUUGAGGGUCACAUUUUUAUUAAAAAUUUGAGAGUAUAAUUGCAACUACCACCAUACUUCAGGGGUGGUUUUUGCAAUUUGCCCUAUCAUUAAUCUAGAUUCUGGUUAGUUUUGAUUUAAAUAUGGUGCAAGUUUUCUUGUCCAUAACUUUGAAGUUGGGUCAUUUAGAGCCUCGUUUGAUAAUCAUUAUAUUUUUUGAUCUUCUAUUUGUAAAAUUAAGCUUAUAUAAACACUAUUUCCCUACUUUUUCUGUUUUCUUGCUUUAUUUUUCCUACUUUUUAAAACCAUUUAAAAAAACCUAAGUCAAUUUAAAAAAAAAAAAAAAAAAACUAUAAAACAAGUAAUCUUUAAAAACUUGAUUUUAUUUUUAAAAUUUGGUUUAGAAUGCAAAUAUGUUUUUAAGGAAUAGGAAAAUGCUAUCCAAAAAUUGUAAAGAAACAAGCAUAAUUUUUAAAAAUAGAAAAUAAUAAACAAACAAAACUUAAAUUUUUUCCUAUAUUUUAAAAGUCAAUGGACUAAAUUGCAAUUAUUGGAGUAGAGUUGACCUCUUAAAAAAUCAAAGAUCAAAAGAACACAUCUAGGGAUGAAUUUGAGCCUUUGAGGUAAGGAUUUUGGGUCCAUGAAUUUGGUUUCUUAUGGUCAAGUUUGCAAAACUCAUAAAAUAUUCAAAGGCCAAAAAAAUAUUAAAACACUCAAUAUGUUUCCUUACAUUUAUAAACAUUUCCCAAUUUAAAUUUAUCUAUGAAUAUAUAUAUUGAAGAAGCGUAUAGGUAUCAUGUUAGGUAAGCCACCCACUCCCACUCCCACAUGAAGCCUUCUGACAUAUUAUUCCAAAGUCUUAGGAUUUAAAAGACGUAAAAAAACAUAUGAUUAUAGAGAGAGUGUGAGAUGGAAAGGCAGCUGAGAAGCUGAGGGGUUAGAAAUUAUAAGGAACAAUGAAGCCACAUGGUUGUCGGCAGGAUAUGUAGAUGGAAAAUGGCCUUUGCCUUAGCCUGUCUUUGGGGCCUACGCUCGUGGGUUGUGACCCUCUUUCUUCCAUACAUGGCCUCAAAGCCAUUAUCAUUUUUAUUGUCUAUUGGCCUUCCAUAAACCUAUUCUACACCAAGCCCUUAUGUUACAAAUCAUUUUCUAAUGAAGUUUCUAAGCACUGCAAGAAACAUUCUAAACUGUUUUAAGUUGCCCCAUCUUCAAGAUUUUGGUAUUCUACAUGAAAUGAGGUUAUGGAAACACUCCAAUUCUAGGGGGGGGGGAACAAUCAGUUGUGUUUGUGUUUUAUGUUCUUGGUGUUUUCAAAUGUGUGUUUAGUAGUAGAUGUUAGAAAUUGAAACUUAAUUUAAAAUAUUAUUCAAGAUGAGUUUUUGAGGAUAUAUUUAUAAAUCAUAUAAGACUAUGUUUGAUUUAACUUUUUAAAUGUUUAUCCUUGAAAAUAAGUCAUUUUGGAAAAAAUUGAAUUGUUUGACAACGGCUUAAAAUAGCUUUUGAAAUACUUUCAAAAUGUGUUUUAAACAGUUUUUAUCAAAAGAGUUUAAAUGACUGUUUACGUAAAAAUGAUUUUUCUAAAAAACAAUUUUUUUUCUCUAAUCAUUCCAAAUAGAUCAUAAAUAUUCGUAGGAACAUGUUAUAAAUAUCGUAUGAGAGUUGUUUUCCUUAGAAUAUUAUAUAAUUUAUAAUGUAUUAUGUUAUACAUAUUUUAAUUUUAAAAAAUAAAAUGGGUUUAUAACAUAGAUUGAUAUAGUUGUCAAAGCUUUUACUUUUUUUUUUUUUUUUAACUUUUUAAUGUAAUUCUAUAUUUAAAAAAAAAAAAUAGAUCCAAAAUUUGGAUACAUUAAAAAUAGGGUAAUUAUUUUAAAUGUUGAAAUUGUUGAAAAUAUUUUCAGACAUUGAUUGACACUGAUAGACAUCUAUCAGUGUUUAUCAUUGACAGACAGUGACAUUUUGUUAUAUUUGUAAAUAAGUUGGCUCAUUAUCCCGUAUUUGAAAAUAACCUUUAAAAACAUUUAAAAAAAUGUUAUUUUUAAAUAGUUCACUGUUUAGAUCACCUCAUCCAAAAACAAAUUGAAAAGUACUUUUUCCCUUUUAAGAACUAAAUAGGCUAAUUUUUUUAUUAAUUAAAAAAAACCCUCUAAACUUCAUAUUUUGUGUAAAAAAUAUCCUUGAACUUUCAAAAAUUUUAAAAAUACCCUUAAACUUUCAAAAGUUUUAAAAAUACUCUUUUUACUUUCAAAAAGAGUUUAAAAAAUAUCAUUGUCGUUAGUUUUGGAUGAAAACCAUUAAAGUUUUGUUUUAAGAAUAUCCAUGAACUUUCAAAAGUUUCAAAAAUAUCCUUAACUUAGAAAAAGUUAAAAAAAUACCUUCAUUGUUAGUAUAUAAACAGAAACCGUUAUUCCGUUGUUGCAAAAAUAACUUUAAAUUUUUCUUAAAAAAGUUUAUAAACGCUCCUAUCGUUAAUAUGGUGAUCAAAUUUUUUGAAGUUUUCUUAAAUUCGAAAAAAAAUCAAUUUUAAAACAAAUUAGAUAUCCUUGUUUUUCUCAUAUAGACAUUCUCAUUUUUCUCUUAAUUUUUUAAUUCUUAGCUUACACCAAUUUUCUCAACAACCAAAAUAAAAACUAAAAUUUUAAACCAUUAAUAAAAAUAGGCAACAAAAGAAGAAAUUUGGAGGUGGAAGUAGUGUCUAUAGGUUUAAGUUUUAAACAUAAAAAACUAAAAACCAAAUGGUUAACAAACGGCUGUAGUAAAUAUCUAAAAGUAGAUAUAAUAUAAAAUUAUUUGAAACUUAAUUUUUAAAACUUAUUUUCAUAUAAUAUAGACAACAAGAAAUAAAAAUGUUACUAAACAAGUCCUCAAAAUUAUAUGGGUACAAUUAGUAUAUAAUUUUCAAAUUUGGUGGAUAAAGCAUACAUAUUUAGCUUAAUUGGUUAAGAGUAAAACAUUAUAUAUUGGUCUUAGAAACUUGCUUUUUUUUGGGAUUCACAGACCACAUUGGUGAAGUCGAGAUGAAAAAGAAAAAGAAAAAGAAAAAGUUUGUGAAGUAAAAAACUUUUCCAAUCAUGAAGCAAAUGGGUCCCAAUUUCUCUGGUUCAAUAAAUGUAUUAUAGUGUUUUAAGAAGCAUGCAUACCCUACACAAGGACAGUUAAUUAACUUGUGUGGAUUGACAAAAACUAGUGGGUAUGAUUGAAAGUUAAUCAUCUAAUAAUCCCACAAGGAUGAGAUAUUUGCUUGGUAAAGCAACUAAGAAACAAUGGUGGAAGAAUCCAUCAUUCUUCUUAAUCCUUGUUAGUUAUCAUUUUGUAAACAACUUGGCUGCUUCAUCCUAAUUGUUGGAUUACGCUGUCUCUAACUUUUUAACAUAAAAUAAAAGUCAAAUCUUAUGUCAAACAGUAAAAGAGAUGAUAAACGAAAAUGAGUAAGAAACUUUGAAAUCAUUGUGAAGAGUUGAAUCGCAUCAACCAAGUUUACCUUUUAUCUAAACAUCGUAUUCUAUGUUGGACUAGAAACACGGUCCCAAUUACUUUUGAAGUGAAGGAAGGAUUGUUUCCAUCCCUGUUUGAUCUUUCACUUUGAUCAUCCUCUUAAAUUUGUUAAAUUGUAACAAUUGUACUCUUAAAUAUUGCAAAAUGCACACAGCACAUUUGAACUAGAAGUCCUAGCUGAUCUAAUAAUAACAAUAAUUUUCACUUAAAAAAACAAGGUGAAUAUAUUCUCCCAAAAUUAAUAGAAGGAAGACUAGGGCGUUUGGCCCAUUGAGUGAAGUCAAUAAGUCGGGAGUUAAUAUAUUAGAGUUAGUAAGUUUGUGUUUGGAGUGUACAAAAUUGUAAGAUUGAGUUCCUUGAUAAUUGUGAAAAGUAUAUUAAAAAAGUAAGAUGAGUUACUUGGUAAAUGUGGAAAAUAGAAAUAGAGGGGAAGAUAGAGUUCCUUGGUAAACGUGAAAAGUAUAAAAAAAAAAUGGGAAGAUGAAGUAAAGAUGUGUAAGUUCAAUAGUGUUUACGAUCAAAGUUGGGUUGUUUGUACCAACUUAAUAAGUUAGUGAGCUAUACGACCCCUAAUAGUUUAUUGGUAAUUAUUAUUAUUAUUAUUAUUAUUAUUAUUAUUAUUUGGGAGAAGUUAACCCUAAUCAAACAAAUGAGACUUAUUUAUCAAAACAGCUAAAAUAAAAUAAAUCUAAAAUUACGUAACCAAAAUUGUACUUGAAAAAAAGUAUUUCAAUCUAUUUAAUUUUGCCAUUUUCAAUUUUUAGUAUAACAAAAAAACUGGGUUAAUUAACUUGUAACAAUUCCUUAAUGAGGAGCUUUGAUUGUCACAAUCCUUUAAGAUAUGAUUCUACCAUUUGCCAUAUUUAAGACAAACAAUAAAAUCUGGUAAGCUUAAAAAGUUAGAAAAUGAUGAAAAUGAAUAUAAUUCAAAAGAGGUAAAACUUAUACUACCAUGCGAUUAGAAGUUUGACUCUACUAACGAGAGAUCUCGUGUGAUUGUGACAACCUAACCAUAUCAAGGAUGGCUUUUGUAACUUUCCCAAAGAAAACUAAAACAUGUCUGGUUAGAUUUGAAAGAUAGAAUUCGAAAAAACCAAACAAUACAAAAACAAGUUAGAAAUUGGUAAACAACAUGCAAAAAUGAAUGAUGUAUAUCCUUGAACAGUAUACUUUGUUGUAUUAGUAAUUAUCAGUUGUCUUUUCAAGGUAAAAACUUAGAAACACAGUAUCUCUCUGCAGUGUGAAAUCCAAUCUCUGUUUGUUCUUGAAAAGUUACUCAAGAAUCUUCUCUCUGUUGUUAUUUACACUUAUUACAAACUGACAAUAUCUCUAAGAUCCAGGCCAGGAGUAAUAAGAAGAAGAAAAAAGGUGGAUUUGAGUUGGUAGCUGGUGGGCAAAAGGCAGAGCCACAAAGGGAUUAGGUGGGUUUUUUUUUUUUUUUUUUUUUUUGUGCAGAGAAGGCGUAAGCAAUGAGAGUGGGUGCUGGAAAAUGGCAGCCUUGGGUUGCUGUUCGAGUUUUCAAAAGUGCAAUCUAAACUGCCAUUGCAAGAUAGGCAUCUUUCUUUUCUUUCUUUCUGCUAUGGCUACAUUCCAAGCAAGCAAUGCUCCUCCUAAACUUGCUAAUCAAUUUUGCAGGAUUCUUAAUUCCUUCCCCUCUCUCCUUUUCUUCAAAUUAUGGAAAUUGCAUGUUUAGGGAUGCCACGAAUCCCAUGGCGUAACGUGUUAGAGUCUUAUUAAACACAAUCUUUUAAGUCCAGGUAACCUAAUUAUAUGGGGGUAUAUAUGAAACGGUAUGAUCCAUUUCAUAUAUAAAUCUACAUAUUUGUUAUAAUGGACCA